CUUACCGUUCACUCACGGGAUAGGCUAAGCUAUACACUAACUAACUUCUCGUUCCCUUCCCAACUCAAACCGCGAACGCUGCCGCCGAAACUGACAACAAAUCCGGCGCCGGAACAAAGUUUCCAUCCUUCACGUUACAAAAGAAACAAAGCCAUGGUUUGUUAAAAGAGAUGAAUAUGAAGUUUGCAGGGUAUUCCAUUUCAAUUUCGGUUUCAUUUUCUCCUUUAAGUUCAAAUUUCAUCAGAAAUAGUUGUGGAUUUCCGGUGAGUAUAUCUCGAAGAAGCCGGAGAAAUUUAUGCAGUUCAAGGUUGUUUUCUGUGAAUCAACAUUCAUAUGAUAAACCUGAGGCAGUUGCCAAACACUAUCUUCCUCCUUGGUUUAGUGUUGCUCCAAUGAUGGACUGGACAGACAAUCAUUAUAGAACUCUAGCACGACUCAUAUCAAAGCAUGCUUGGCUGUACACUGAGAUGCUUGCAGCUGAAACAAUUGUUCAUCAAAAGGAUAAUCUGGACAGAUUCUUGGCAUAUUCUCCGGAACAACAUCCCAUUGUUCUUCAAAUUGGAGGGAGUAAUAUAGAAAAUUUGGCAAAAGCAACCGAACUCGCUAAUGCUUAUGGCUAUGAUGAGAUCAAUUUAAACUGUGGAUGCCCAAGUCCAAAAGUAGCUGGACAUGGGUGCUUUGGUGUAAGUCUUAUGCUUGACCCGAAGUUUGUUGGCGAGGCUAUGUCAGCAAUUGCUGCAAAUACAAAUGUACCUGUCAGUGUCAAAUGUCGAAUUGGUGUGGACGACCACGAUUCUUACGAUGAACUAUGUGAUUUCAUAUUCAAAGUUUCUUCGUUAUCACCCACUAAGCAUUUCAUAAUUCACUCAAGAAAAGCACUGCUCAAUGGAAUUAGUCCAGCUGAAAAUAGGAGUAUUCCUCCGCUAAAAUAUGAAUACUUUUAUGGCCUUCUGCGCGACUUUCCAGAUUUAACAUUUACAAUAAAUGGGGGUAUUGCUAGUGUUGAUGAGGUCAAUGCAGCUCGAGAAGCUGGAGCUCAUGGUGUUAUGAUUGGACGUGCAGCAUACAAUAACCCUUGGAAUAUAUUGGGACAUGUUGAUACUGCAAUUUACGGUGUACCAAGCUGUGGUCUUACACGUCGUCAGGUUCUUGAAAAAUAUGCAAUCUAUGGAGACUCGGUAUUGGGAAAAUAUGGACAUAAGCCAACUGUACGAGACAUCGUGAAGCCUUUACUUCAUCUUUUCCAUUCAGCACCUGGGAAUGGACAGUGGAAGCGCAAUGCAGAUGCUGCUUUUAGGAAUUGCACGACAAUAAAAUCAUUUUUUGAAGAAACCCUUGAAGCUAUUCCUGACUCGGUGUUGGAUUCACCUGUUUUGGAACCACCUCCUGGCCGGACGGAUCUUUUUGCUAAUAUAGACAGUUUACUGCCUACUCCAUACGAAACAAAAGAAGAGAUUGUUUUAUGUGCAUAGGUUCUGUGCACUCUGAGAAACCGAGUUAAUUCGUUACUAUUUUUGUGUGAAAUGAAGUGAUAGAAAUCAUGUAACAGCUCAAAUUAAUACAACAAAAAUGCAUAAGUUGUAUUUUGUAAGUUAUUGAUUCCAAGAUGUAAUAUAUUUAAUUCAAUUCAAUGUAUAAGCUUUAAGUAAAACAGUGGAUUUCCCUUAAUUUUGGAUUUUUCUCUCUAGGAAGAGCUUUUGUUAAUGUACCAGCAAAUUGACCACUGGUCUUGAAAAUAUUCAGUUGCACCUCAUCAUCUUCAA